UGUCUUUUUGUGACUUCUUCUUGGCUUCCUCCUUUGCCUUUGCCUCUUCUGCCUUUCUUCUUCUUAUCUCCAUUUCUUCUUGUAGCCGCUUGUUCUUCUUUCUGGUUUUAGCUGCCUUCUUGGCUGCUAGAGACCUUGUAGAUGAGGGGCCUGCUUGUGUUGUUCUUUCCCCCUUUUUGGCAUCAGCAGGGGUCUCACUUUCUCUUAAUAGUGCUUCUAUCUCCGGGUCAGAGUCAACCUCAAUUUGUCUUGUUCUUGUUGGAUGGAGAUCGUUGAAUUCAAUGGCGAGUGAAGUGACUAUGUUCCGAAGAUCAGUUACAUCUACCUUGACUUCUUCUUUGAUUUCUUUGUCAAGUUGGUGAAGCUGUUGAGUUGUUGCUUGUUGGUGUAGGCCCAGUGUCUUGAGUUCAUCUCCUUGCUUUAGGAGAGCUUCUUGAGUAGCUGCGUGUAGUCGUCCUAGAUGAUCAGCAACAUCUGCUCUAGUCUUGCCUAUUGCCUCUGAGUGCUCCACUUGUUUGGUGACCAACUUCUUGGAGAGAUUUAGUGUAACACCCCGGCCCUGUAGACCCCGAGGUAGUUACUCCAGUUCCCUCUCUAAACCUCUAGUACUGUCCUCACAAACCGCCACUAGCCUUUUCCGCGCACUUUGUCCUCACUCGUGCGCGCCCUGAGAAACUUCCCAGGGGGUCACCCAUCCCAAGACUACUCCCGUGCAAGCACACUUAACUUUGGAGUUCUUGGUGAUGAGCUCCCUUAAAAGGAG